CGAAUAGAACAGAUAUUUUUACGCCGAAUGAUACCAACAAACGAUACUAAACUAUUAUUUAUUCAGCAUCACUGCAAUGACCUUUAAUUAUUAAUUUUUUUACAAAUUUUUCAACUGCCCUUCUCAAUUUCACAGUUUAAUAGUCGCGCGCAACUCGUAAACUUCGGUCAUUGGUUCCCAGAGUGCAUCCUGCAAUAUGUGCACUAUGUGCGUUUUGCAAAUAUUUAAGUGACGGUCACUUGCAUAUUAUAGGAUUGGCGAGGCUCGCGAGCAUAAUGCACAUAAAAGAACGACCGUCCAGCUUAUAACACAAUCGUUGCCAAGAAGCUCCUGCUGAUGUUUCUCGCUAUAACGUAAAGAGAAUAAUAUCAUACACUGUUGCAGAUGGUAAUGGUAGAAACUAGAGACAACAGUAAACGCACGUGUAUGUGUAUAUGCAAUCGGUCUCUGUGUUUCAUGUUGUCAAACUCGUAUUCUGUUUACAUUCAUUAAAAGCCCAUUCGUUUAUCAUUUUACACCCACGAGCGAUCAUUUCUAAUAUUUAAAAGUUUUCAUAUCGUGCUCAGCGCAAUUUUUCAAAAUUUCUAACAAAAUGGGACGCGCCGUUGAGCAAGCGGGAGAAACUGAUGAUGAUGAAAAUGCAAAAACUUUUGUCUUUGAAGAUGAAGGCCAUACCUUUGGAAACGUCUUGAAAUCCAUUAUUUCAGAUGAUCCUGAUGUAGAGUUCUGUGGUUAUAUAGUGCCUCAAACUACAAACUCAAAAAAAAUGUACUUUCGAAUCAAAGCCAAAAAUGGCAAACCAGAAGACAUCUUACGUAAAGGUCUUGCAAGUUUAUGCAAAGUUUGUGAAAUGGCAAACCAGACAUUGGAAAACUCAAUGGAGAGGUAUAGAAGCUCUCAUAGUUGAUACAUGAUGAGUAUUGCUGAAUGAUGGUGCGAUUUACUUAUAGAUAAUUGUAUUAUAGUAUGUACAUACUUUAGAACGAGUAUUUUAAACUUACCUAUGACAGAUUUAAGUUUCAAAUUUCAUACUAAAGAUCCAUAAAGUCACUUGUAAUAUUCAAUAAAUAUUAAUUUUCAUGAAA